AUGCUCCAGCAGCAGGAGUUGAAUCUGAGUGUUGACUGGAAGGACAUUAAACAGGAACAAAAGGAAGUCUGGACAAGUAACGAGGGACAACAGCUUCACCGGCUGGAGACUGAGAAGACCAAGUUACAUUUUGUCCCUGUGAAGACUGAAAAUGAUGAUGAAAUACCACAGUCAUCACAGGUUCUUCAAAACUCAGACAUGCAGACUUUGUUGGUGAUGAAAGAAGAAAUUCUCCCUGAACAGCAGGAAGGAAACCUGAGUGUUGACCAGGAGGACAUUAAAGAGGAACAAGAGAAACUCUGGAUAAGUCCACAGGUACAACAGCUUCACCAGCCGGAGGAGGCCGAUAUCACAAAGUGCCCUUUUAGUGCUGUGAAGAGUGACAAUGAUGAAAACCCACAGUCAUCAGAGGUUCAUCAAAGCCAAAGUGAUGAGAGCACAGAGGCUGAGCCUGUAGCCAGCAGCUCACCUGUACUCAGAACACUGAUGGCACAAGCAGGUGGAGAGGACGAUGGAGGACCACAGUCAGGUUCAUGCAGUCUUUUACCGCCAGAUACCAAUGGAAGAAGUUCAGAUUGCUUUGAAGUUGAUAGAUACAAAUGGAAGCAGACUACAAAACUUGGUUCAGCCUUUAACAGUCUGAAAAACAGCAGUGUCUCUGUUAGUCAUAGCAGGUGCAACAUGAUUAAGAAAAAGUGUGACGGCUCUGAAAAUGGAAAAACAUGUGAUCACAUAAACUAUUUAAAGAUAGAAAACAGAAGGCAAAGAAGUGAAAAAACAUUUAACUGUCCAGAGUGUGGUGAAAGUUUUGAAAAAAAAGGUAAUGUGAUUACACCCAUUAGAAUUAAUACAGGGCAGAAACCAUUUAGCUGUUCUGAGUGUGGAAAAACAUUUGGAAGAAAGAGCAGUCAGAUCACACACAUGAGAAUUCAUACUGGCCAAAAGCCAUUUAGCUGUUCUGAGUGUGGAAAAAGAUUUGGACAAAAGAGUAAUCUGGUCACACACAUGAGAAUUCAUACUGGCCAGAAACCAUUUAGCUGUUCUGAGUGUGGAAAAAGAUUUGGACAAAAGAACAGUCUGGUCAUACACAUGAGAAGUCAUACUGGCCAGAAACCAUUUAGCUGUUCUGAGUGUGGAAAAAGAUUUGGACAAAAGAACAGUCUGGUCACACACAGAAGAAUUCAUACUGGCCAGAAACCAUUUAGCUGUUCUGAGUGUGGUAAACAAUUUGGAUAUAAGAGCCAUUUGAUGACCCAUAUGAGAUGUCAUACAGGACAGAAACCAUUUAGCUGUGCUGAGUGUGGUAAAAGAUUUGGAGAUAAGAGCAGUCUGAUCAAACAUUCCAGAAUUCACACAGGACAAAAACCGUUUACUUGUGCUGAGUGUGGUAAAGGAUUUCGACAAAGGGGCAAUCUGAUGACACACAUGAUAAUUCACACAGGACAGAAACCAUUUAGCUGUUCUGAGUGUGGUAAAAGAUUUGGACUUCAGUCCAAUCUCAUCACACAUAUGAGAAUUCAUACAAGACAGAAACCAUUUAGCUGUUCUGAGUGUGGUAAAAGAUUUGGAUACAAGAACAGUCUGAUCAUACAUAUGAGAAUUCACACAGGACAGAAACCAUUUAGCUGUUCUGAGUGUGGUCAAGCAUUUGGACAUAAAAACAGUCUGUUCACACACAUGAGAAUUCACACAGGACACAAACCAUUUCCUUGUUCUGAGUGUGGUAAAACAUUUGGACAGAAAAACAGCCUUCUCAUACACAUGAUAAUUCACACGGGACAGAAACCAUUUACUUGUUCUGAGUGUGGCAAAAGAUUUGUACAAAAGAGCAAUGUGAUCAGACACAUGAGAAUUCAUACAGGACAGCUUAAAAACUAACUCAGUAAUUGAUAAAUAAUGCCAUCAUGGAGGGCUGCAAAAAAGGAAGAGAAACCUUUGGAUGGCUUGGAUUGAUUACAAAAAGGCAUUUGACAGUGUGCUGCACUUAUGGAUAAUAAGGUGCUUAGAACUCUACAACAUCAGUGAGGAAAUAAAAUCUUUCCCAAUGAACAAGUGGAACACCACCAUCACCCUAAACCACACGAGGGGGCAAAUAAUAAUCCCAGACGCACAAGUGCAGAGGGGGAUAUUCUAGGGAGACAUCUCUCGCCACCAUUUUAUUCUGUCUUACCAUAGGCCUACUUAGCAAGAUACGGAAGGAGUAUUGACGUGGGGUAUGACUUAAAUAAAGGCAGAGGAUGGAAACAUAAAAAAAUCAUGAACCAUCUGCUGUUCAUGAAUGAUUUAAAGAUCUUAGCCUGUGAUCACUGAUUGGUUGAUUCAUUUAACCAACACAAAACUUAAUGUGCGUUGGUUUUUACAAAUAAAUGUGUAUUUGUAAAAUAUCAAAUUUUUUUUUUUUCAUUUAAAAAAAAAAAAAGCAUUUGCAAAACUGAAGAUUCUGUUCAAGUUGUGAUUCAGCAAGGCAGCAACAACCGUGUGAUAGAACCGGGCGUAAUUCACAAUACGCAUCUUGACCCAUCUUUUGGAUGGCAUAUUAGAUACUGGUAUGUUACUAUAGUAUGGGAGGUCUGGGCGGCUUUGCUUGAGCU